AUGGAUCCCGCAAGUGGUGGUGGUCCAGUGGUGGGUAAGUCCACUGGUACCGAAACCGGUGUCGUUGUUGUCUUGGUGUCUUGGUUGGAACAAACCUUCGGCAAAGGAAGGCAGGCUUCCAACAGACUUUUCAAUGUCGACGGUCUUGAUGGAUCCAACAGCAGCUGGAGCAGCAAUCAAAGCAAUGAAAAUGACGAAAAUGGUGAAGAACAAAACAGAGUACUUUCUCACCAUUCUCUUUCUCAAUCUAGCCUGUUUCAAAGAGUAGAUUGGAGGUCUAAUCUGUCUGCUUGGCUUCAACCAGAACAGCAUCAAGGAGUGCCAUCUAUCCACGAAUGGGAAACAAACAAUUGGGAAUUGCAGGAACAAAAGAACGUGUCCAAGAACAAAGUCUCCAGCAAAGUGAGACAUCUCGAUGAUCUUGGCACAGAACUCUCUGGCAGGUUGGGUCCAGGCGUUGUAACCCAAACCAGAACCGUACCACUUACCAGUCCAGAACGCAACGUUGGAGUGGUCGUUCUUGAACUCUCUGUGGAAACCUUCCAAAACCCACAUGACAAUGAAGAACACAAUGUUGAUCAGAACAGCAACACCGUGGGCAACACCAGCCAUGACAGAUCCGGUCUUCUUGCAGCACAUUCCAAGCAAUGGACCUGCGCAACAGGACAGUCCCAAACACACAAACAGAACACCAAUGUCGAUGACAAUUGGAGCCAAAGAACAAAUGACCAAUCUCAAAACAGAGUUGACAACAGGAGCGUCAAUAACACCGGUUUGAGCGUUCAUGAAAGUGUAAGCAAGGAAACAUCCGGCAGUGUAGACAAUACAUGGGAAAGUGUCAGAGAAGAAGAUGUUGGAUCUGUGGGCUCUAGCGGCAUCACCAGCAGCCUUCUCGGAGUCGUCUCCAAUGGUCUUUCUCUUGAAACCAGUAACUCUGGAUCUAGUCAAUCUGAUGUAACCGAUCCAGGAGUUUCUGUGCCAUUUGGUGUUACCUCUGGACAACCAUCUGAUAAAGUCUCUGUAGUCAAUGAAGUAGUCCUCCCAAGAGAAUUGGUGAGGGUUGAAGAUGAACGGAGAGAACAUCAAUGCAACAAUGGACAGCCAGAACCACAGAAGAGCAGCGUACAACACGGAGAAUGGAAUUCUUGCAGUAGCGAAACCUCUACCGGUGGAGAUAUAUCUGGCACCACCAACACAGAUGUCGUUCAACAGGGAGGAAGAGUAAAUCUGAGCAACAAACACUUCGAACAAUGGAGACAAAGACAAGAAGUGUCUGCAGAAUCUGUAAGCACACUUCCAAACACCUCUCUCGAUCAGUUCUUGGACAAGCAAUGGAACAAAAGCAAUGAAGAACACAAUGAAAAUGGACAAUGUGUAACGUCUAAUCCAGUCGAUGGAUGGCAUCAAUUGGUAGCAUCCCAAUGGGUACUGGAUGUCGGUGAUUGGCUUGUUUCUGUCGUAAAGACACAAGAUCGAUUCGUGAGAAAGAGCAGUCAAGUUAACCAAGGUGAGCAUGAACAAUUGAAGAGACAACUGAAUGAACAAGUUGUUGAUAUGGAAACCCAAGUGAGCAUAGUAGAAAGAGAGGAAUCUGUCCAAUGGGAGCUGAGUACCCAAGUAGUAGUACUCUCUAGAAAGCAUUUGCUCUCCCAUACCAGCACCAAUCUUAGUGGUGAAAUUCAAAAUCGAACCAAAACCGAGAUCUCUUCCCUUACCACAUUGGUAGUACUCACAAUGCUUGAUUCUACCACCUCUGCACAUGGCAACCAUACCAGCGUAGAUAUCUUCGUUCAAGUGCAAUCCCUUUUGGGCCUUAGAGACACCACCUCUGGUGGUCAUGUAGAUAGCAUUCAAGAAAUCAGGGUGACCAUAGUGCAAUUUAGCACCGAUCUGAGCCAAAGUUCUAGCAAACAAGGUACCGAAAGUUUGUUCCUUACCGGCAGCCACAUCACCCAAAAUACCAGAGUUCUCAGAGAAAAUACCAGGAGCGUAUGGGUUCACGUGGUCAACGUUCAAUUCUUCGAAUUCAGCAAGCACAGAUCUGAUCUUCAGACACUCUUCCAGGUAGUUGUCCUGGUUGGCAUCGAUCAAUUGCAGGUAUUCACCUCUGGUGAAAAUGAUAGAGUGGUUCUGGUUAUCAGACUUACCAUCACCCAAAAUUGGGUUACCGGAAAGUUGAACUCUGAACUUAGGUCUUCUUCUACCAUUCUCCAUAAUCUCACAGUGUCCGUCAAUCAAAGCAGAGAAAAUUCUUGGCUCAUCGCCCUCGUUAAGAGGAGGCUCCUCAUCCAAGAAAGCAAUUUGCAAAUCUGGGUAGGCACGGAGCAAGAAUUCAGCGUUCUCGAGUUCUUCUGGCUUGAAUUUGGUCAAACGUUGCAUGGAAACAACAAACUUGAACUUUCUUCUAGCCAUUCUCUCAAGCUCUCUCUCCAAACCCUCAGCGUUUCCACCGAACAUUUGGACGAUCUCAGGGUUCUCAACACGGUAAACCCAGAUUCUUGUUCUCAGAGUGUACUCAGGAGCAGCAGACUUGAAACCAAUACAGUAGAAUGGCAAGUCAUCAAUCUCGUUCUUCAUGUUGUCGUCGUCCUUCUCUUCGCCGUUCUCGAAAGCAGCAGUUUCUUCGGCCAAGAUCUUGGUGUCCUUAACGAAACAUUCCCACUCAACUGGGUGCAAUUGUUUCAGGUACUCAAGCAAGGUGACUCUGGAGAAUUGAUCGUCUUCUCUGAUAAUCUCUCUCAAAGAGAGCAAAAUCUUUUCAGAGUAGUGAGGAGUGAACACAGUGAAGGUUGGCAUGUUGUCAACUGGCAAUGGUUCAGGAAUAGGAGUAGCCAAGGAUUGGGCAAAGAAAGAAAUACGUCUUUCGGCCUCAGAGUUUCUUGGGAAGAACUCAGUCUCAAAGUUAUUGUCAUCCUGGGAAACAAAGAAGGUUGGAGCUCUCAAGGUACGCUUACCUUCAAUCUCAGAUGGAACUUGGUGGUAAAGAAGCUUUUGAACGUGAUCAAUAGCCAACAAGUGCUCUCUGUACAUGGAGAUAACGAUAGCGUUCCAGACUUGAGAGAUAAGAACCUUUGGCUUGUACUUGAUUUCCAUGUCGGUGGUGGCAAGGACCUUGGAGUAGAUUCUCUUUGGCAAUCUGGUGAAAAUGUUUCUCCAUGGGGUCAAGAUAGAGAUACCCAAGUAGAAAGAUCUUCCAACGGAGAACAAACAGUUGACCAAAAUGUACCACAUGUAAGUAUCCAAGAAGAACAACACCAAAUCGGUAGCCAUCAUCAAACCAAGGGUAACCUUUGCCUGAUGCUUACAGACAACGUUACCGUACCACUUCUCACCAGUACAUCUCAUGUUCAUGGUGGACAAGUUUCUGAUUGGGUCUCUCAGAGACAGAAUCAAGAAGAAGUAAGACUCACAGUACUUGGCAAGGAAAACCAAGAACCACACGAACCAGGAGAGGUACAUGUCCAGUCCAGACAAACACAAGAAAACGAUCGUGGCAAUGGCAAUGAAGAACGACACAAUCGCCACAACCUCUGCAGCCUUAGAUUUGGAUUGCAAACCAGCCCAAGCAAACACGAAAACAACCGGUGCAAGGUUGACGGCAAGGAUCAGGAACAAGAAACCGAGCUUUCUGCUCAAGUGUUGAGCACCAGCCCAGGCUCUAGGAACGAACAUCCACUCGAAAAUGGUGGCCAAAAUAUUAAUACCAGAAGCAACAGUACCUCCCAAUGCAGCAGCAGCCCAUCUGGAGGAUGCCAAAGGCUGAUUGUUCAGCACUUGGACAUAGUUGUGAGUGUAGAAAGUUGGAGCGUUGUAGGCAAUGUACAUCCAGAAAACAGAGAUGUGCAUAACCCAGAUACGGUUAAAGUUGGUGAUGAUGUGCAACCAAGUUCUGAUUUCUUUGUAAGUCUUGAAGAAAACGCUGUCCCAUUCAACUUCGCCGAGCUUGAAGUAUCUCUCUUCGGUUGGGAAGUCAACAAGUCUAGUACCGUCUUCCAUGACAAUUCUGGCAAUACCUUCUGGAUACCAGAAAAGCUGGUUGACGUCAUCGUAACCGAUAAUGCUGUUGUGGUCCUUUUCACGUUUCACGUAACGGCCAUCAACAACUUCGUAGACUUGAGCUCUGAUGUAACGGUAGAGAGGAGUGAUGACUCUGUUCAAGUAGUCUCCUUCUGGAACUGGGUCUGCUCUUUGUCUGCAGGCCUCCGAAUUCAAGUAGUCCUGAGCACACUUGAAGAUGAAACACAAACACUCUGGAGUGAAUCUGACCUGGUUGGCUUCACCCCAAAGCAAAAGCCACAAAGCGAUCUGUCUGACACGCUCAAGAGGAGCCAUAGCAUUCAUCUUGGCCUUCCAUCUGUAGUCAGCGGCGUCCAGAGAGUUGUCACCUUCCAACUCGGUCAGGGUUCUUUCGGUGUCCUCACCGUUUUCUUCAACGGCCUUUCUAGCCUUCUUAGACUUCUUCUUGGCUUUUCUAGCUUUUCUGGACAAUUUACCCAUGGUAACGUUACGGAAUCCAACCUCAUCGUCGAGAUCAAGUUGGGCAGCAAAGUACCAUUUCUUGUAAUUAGCAGAGUCACCACCAAUGUAGUCGGCGUGCAAGGAAAGCAAGGCCUGGGCUGGAGACAUUCUCGAGGACCUCGAGUCCAGCAUGGUCAUGAAGUAGUCAAAGACGUUUCUCAUGGAGUCUCUUUGGAAACCGAAGCAGUUGGUGAGGUCAAUGAAGACGUCCUCGAUCUGCUCGAUGGUAACUGGAGCUUGGUUAUCUGCGGUCCAUGCUGGAUACGGGUCAGUUGGAAGAGCAACCAUGCCGGAUUGGUCGUAUGGACCAGCACCGUAGACAGGAGUCGAGGCACCGGACGAUCUCUGGCCACCGUAACUCAUCUGGGAUGGGGUGUAUUGUGUGCCCAUCACGCGAACCUGGCUGAUCGUAGUAGCCUUGUUGGUUCAAGUUUGGAUCGGAAGAAUACUGGUGGUCGUAUCCUUGUUGGUAAUAAGCGUCUUGUUGGUCGAAACCUUGUGCGUACCCUUGGUAGUAAGGGUCUUGUGGAUCAUAAUAUUCCUGUUGACCUGGCUGACCAAACGCUUCGUCAGAUUGGCUAUAAGUUUCCUGAUAGCCUCCCUGAGCCUGGUUGGCCCGGUUCGGGUCGUGGUAGGCGUUAUCGUUAUACGACAUCCUAUUCACUAAAGAAGGUUAGUCAACCAAACUAUAUCUUAUUUCUAGCUGAAACAGGGAGUGUCUGCGGAAAAGAAAUCCAGCACCCGGCAAAGUCGCGAGCUUGA